CCCUGAACGCGCCAGCGCCAACUUGGCGCGGUACUUUGUAACUUGGUUGUUUAGUAACUACUCAAUUUACGCUUUUGAGCCUCAUCUGCUGUGUAAUUGGUAUCAACCGUGAAUCGCACCUUACCUUCGAUGGAUGAAGCUGAAACGAGUAACAUAUUCUAUGUCCCGACACCCAGUCUCCCAAGCAUUACACCUCCCAACUCAUAUGAUCGUUUUCGGUCUCAGUCUGUCCCUCUCAUCAUAGACAACGGCUCCUCAAACCUCCGUUUUGGCUUCAGCACGUCUGCCUCUCCCCAAUCUUCUCCCAAUGUCAUCGCCAAGUACAAGGAGCGCAAGUUCAACCAAUCGUUGUUACUGUUUGGUGACGCAAUUGAUACGGAGAGUGGUGCCAAAAGCCAGGGCAAGACACCUUGGGAAGGUGAUGUGUUGUUGAAUUUCGAUGCAAUGGAACACGCGUUGGACUACGCAUUUGUGAGGUUGGGAAUCGACGCUGAGGGCAUCGACCACCCGGUGCUCAUGACAGAAAGACUCUGCUCGCCCCUGCAUUCAAGAGCAUUGACCUCCGAGCUCAUGUUUGAGCAAUAUUCGGUCCCUUCACUCACUUACUGCGUCGACUCUGUGAUGUCGUUUUAUCAUAAUAACAAGCCCAUAUCCGGCAGCAUAUUCAGUGCUGACGGCCUUGUCGUUUCAUUCAACACGGCAUCCACAUCUAUUAUCCCCAUUCUCAAUGGGAAAGGCGUGCUCAGUCAUGCAAAACGAAUACCGUGGGGUACACAGCAAUCAACGGAGUAUCUCCUGAAGCUCAUCCAGCUGAAAUACUCUAGCUUCCCGACUGCGUGUGACUGGAUGUUGCACAAUUUCUGCUCCUUCGCUACUGAUUACCCUGCUGUCCUCCGUUCUCUCAAAAUCCCCGCAAACAUGCGCGCCGCAGAGCGCAUCAUCCAGUUCCCAUUUACAAUCCCUGUCGUUGAAGAAAAGACCGAAGAGGAACUCACGAGGAUAGCAGAGAAACGAAAAGAACAAGGAAAGAAACUCCAAGAGUUGGCUGCAAAGAGCCGGAUGGAGAAGUUGGCGAAGAAGGAGACUGAUCUACAGUACCUCACGAGUUUGAAGGAAGGCAAGAGCGAAAACAAGCGCGAGUGGAUGCAUGUUCUUCAAGUCGAGGGUUUUGAUGAUGAUGCUGCCCUCGAUGAAACCAUCAGGAAACUCGAGGUCGACGUUAAACGCUCGCGCAAGAAGGACCUUGAUGGGCAAGACGAUGUCAUUGAGGAACCUUCGUUCCCUCUCAUCGAUGUUCCGGAUGCGGACCUCGAUGAAGAAGGGAUAAAAGAAAAGAAGAAGCAGAAACUUAUGAAAGCCGGUUUUGAUGCAAGAGCGCAACGAGAGGAGAAGGAAGCUGAAGAGAGACGAGAGGAGGGAGAGCGGGAGAAUAACUUUGAUGAUUGGGCAGGUCGACUGCGCCGCGAGCAAGAGACUAUCAUGAGCAAGAUCAAAGAGCGGGGACGUCGGAAGGCUGCAUUGUCUGAUCGGAAAAGUGCAGCCGCGCAAGCUAGGAUGAAGAAUAUUGCUUCUUUGGCAGCUGAUGAACGCGUUUCGAAGAAGAAAAGGAAAGCAGGUGCAGAGGACAUGUUCGGAGCGGAUGACGAGGACUGGCAGAUUUAUCGCAAACUCAAUGCUGCGGCUGUAUCAUCAGAUGAGGAGGAGGAAUUUAACCAACUUCGGAUCAUCGAGAGCAAGCUCCUCAUGUAUGACCCGACAUUCACGGCCCAACAUACGCAUGCAUCCAUAACAUCUCAGCGAUCGGCACUUAUAUCUGCCUUCAGACCACUGUAUGAAGAGGGAGACAUCGAGGGAAGCGCACGGAUACAUCUGAACACGGAACGAUGGCGCGUGUGCGAAACAUACUUUUCACCGGGAAUGGCUGGCGUUGACUCCGCUGGCCUCGGUGAAAAUGUAUUCAUUACCGGCGGUCCAUCGCAGUUUCCUGGUCUUCAAGAAAGACUUUAUGGGACGCUUCGUCCGAUUUUGCCGCCUGAGAUGCAUUUGGGUGAUAUCGUGCGUGCAGCAGAUCCAUCGCUUGAUGCUUGGAAGGGUAUGGCAUCCUUUGCCAACACGGAUGAGUUCCAUCAAGUGGGUGUGACAGCAGAAGAGUAUCAGGAGUGGGGACCGGAGAGGAUUAAGAGGUGGUGGGGAGGGAACUGUAACUCGGCGGUUUGAUAGCGUCGUUUAUCUCAUUCCGGUGAUACAGUGUCAUGAUGUCCACCUUUUUCUCAAGAGAAUCAAGUUGCGCAAUGACAUUGCAAUCGGAUGCAUCUCAUGUAGACCGUAUCAUAACAUUGCACGACCAGAAAUGCUCUGAAUGGCUAUCCGAGAUGAAUGGUCAAUCGUCACGUAGAUUACAAGCCAACUGCUCAUUGUCUCCAGGAUACAGGCCACCGGGCGAGCGAUCUGCAAUGGGAUGUG